AGAGAGAGAGGAAGAAUGCACCGCUAGUACUCAAUUCGUUAUUCAUUAACCUCGCCAUUCUUUCUUUCAGCAACACUUGAAUGAUACAAGUAGCAUAAGUUGUCAUCUAUAUCUAGCCCUUCGAGCUCGAUUGUGCCAUCUACAUCUUACUGAACUCAUUCUUGAGUUACUUAGUGAGUGCCAACAUUAAUUAGUGAAGUAAAUUACGUUCUUCGAACACAGAGGACCUUCUAGUUCUUCAGUACGGUGGCGAUUUGGUACGGUCGCGGCGAAAAUAAAAUGAGCGCGUCUUUCGGUGGAGAAGUUGCCGUGUACUACAAGAAGAUAUUUGACAACCACCGCCGGCCCAAUGGACCCUGGAAGAAAAUGGUCGAUAUUGUACGCGAGUACGUUAAGCAGCUGCCUGAAGCUUAAGGCAUGUUGAAGGGGCAAUUAUCUAGAAUUAUGUUUAUGCCAAGAAGGUUUUAAUUAGAUUCAACAACCAAUUAAUUAUUAGUUAGUUUAUCAACAACAGAGCAUCACUCUCACACUCUUCUAAGAAUAUGCGCCUCCGAAAAUUCUGGAUCUUGCGAGCGGACCGGGCGAGCCGGCGGCGAGCCUCGCAAAGAUGUUGAAAGUAAGGCCUGAUGAUCGUCCGCUAGAGAUUUGUGGAGAUUAUAGCUUUACUGCUGGGUCCUGUCAUGUUGUUGUAUAGGGCAAGAGGCAAGCAUGAUAUCUUGACAAGGACAAGAAGCUUUCCGCGGCCGUAGUCUAAGCAAAGCCACCGGCAGGGAGGAUGCGGUUGUGUAUUCCACGGAUGUCGCUAGUGAUAUGGUGGACAAGGCCAAGGACUUAGCAGAGAAAGAGGAGGUUGCGGAGAAGGUCAAAUGUUUGGUGGUGGACGCUCAGGAUAUCGAGGGCUGUGCCGAGUUGAAGGACGAGAAAUUCGAUGUGAUCACUAUCUGCUACGGAUACAUGUUUUGCCCGGAACUAGAAAAAGCCGUCGAGCAAACCUACAAAGCUUUAAAGCCCGGCGGAUUGCUGGUACUACAUUUUCUCGCUAUGCACUCUCUUGUUGGUCUCGUAUUUGUACCUCAACAAGACGAGGGCAACUACCACGACUGCAAUUUUCUGCUCGUGUUUAGGCCACAGGAGACCAUCACCAUGUAGUUGACCUACAUAAAGAUACGUUUAAUCGUAUGAUUACUACUAUUCUAAUUCUAAAUAGCAGAAGCAGAUAUAAAAUAUAUUGUCGUUGUUCAUCUUCAUCAAGACCCUGCUGAUGAACUACUGUCAUAAUAUUCUUGCGAUGAGCUCAUGUUUAUACUUUUUGUCGGUUUAAUAUCCUGCUCCACAGUCCACCAACAUUUGAUCGGACUUAGGUGAGCACGCACUGGGUAAAGAUGCCUUACAUGAUGCUGUGCAAGGCGGUAAUGACGGCUGUUAUGACUGCCAAGGGGCUGGAGCCACCGACUGCCCCACCGUCAAUCAACCCUAUGUCCCUUAGUCAAGGUCAGCUGAUUACGGCACCGACUGUCCAUAAGACUAUGCAUCUAUAAAUAUGUAUAAGUAGAUCUCAUUAGAGCACUUGUAGUAGAUACCUUUCAGCGUCAGCGCUACUAACUUAUGUUUAUGGCCUCUGUGACGAUGUUCUUGAUCGGAUCGAUUGCUGUUGUCUUCACUUGUGCAGUGCUGCCAAUUUGACUUCGAGUUUUUUUUUUCUUCGUUGUGCCCGAAAUGAGUUAGUAGCCAUUGCAGCGCUUGCUGGAGAAUCUCCAGUUAUUUAAUUUAAAAAACUGCGUUGAUGUUGAUGAAUGUCAGCGUCCUCUAACCCGAUGCCGAUGUUGGAAAAGCAGGGCUUCGUGGAUCUACAAGUGGAGGAAAACGAAUACUCUUUCACGCUCGGGCAAGAUAGGGAGGAGCAGUAUGGGAUGGCGACGAUUCCGAUCCGGGACAAGGUCGAAAAACUCGAGGCCCACGAUCUCGCAAAGGAAAAUUAAGGGCAAAAAAACCCGUUACAGUGUGACUGAAUCGGGCUUAGUUGCUUUCAUUGGUCGCUGUGAAGGAACAGCGGACGUUCUUAUUUGAAACAUACUGGCAGGACCGCCACUUGCACUUCUACACGUAGUUCUGACUAUUUGAUUCUGGGAUCCAUGGAAAUGUACAGUGUGCAUUUUUAUGGGAAAAAUUAUAACUGGAUUUUCUCCUGUCCCAGUGGUCCUAGCUUUCGUAGAUAUCUGGUCGAGAAUGGUAGAUAACGAAUUCGUCUAAAAAGAAUUUCCGGAAUGUGCCGAGCAAUUCACGACUACGGAUGAGAGCGGCGACAUGAUUAUGGGAGGCAUGGUCUAUGCGCUUGUUACUUGCAAGAAGGCUGCGACCUAAGUGUAACUAACUCAGUCUGGGGAGAAAGAUUGAAUUGUGCAUUGGGUGCAUGUUGGGUCACAAUUGUUUUUAUCUGUAUCAUAAAUUUGAAAGAUAUGAGAUCAUUGUUUCCUAUAUGAAAGACAAAGAACGCCUGAGUCGGCGCAUCGAGCAUAUUUGAUUAGCAUUACUAGCAUUCUCACAGUAUGGAUAGAUGUUUUUCCGUGUUUGCGAUAAUCACGAGAGAAU